CAGAGAUUGAAGGCUUAAAUCAUCUAUCACACCGAGCUGACAUACGAAAGAAAUGAAUAAUGGGGAAGAAAGGCAAAGGAAAGAAGGGUCCUAAGGAACCUCUCCCACUUCUGGCAGAAGUGGAGAGAGAAAUGUUCCAGCUGCACAUAAAUGAUAUAACACGAAAGCUUGAGAGGAUCACAGCACAGUGUCUGGAGUUAGAAAAGAGUAAUGAAGAGUAUGAAAAAAAGUAUAAGAAAUUAGAUGAGGAUAGAGGUGACAUAAUUACCUAUCUAAAACGAACCCUACAAGAGAAAUCAGAUGAAGCUAAACAGCUGCAGGAAACUGUUGACCAACUGACUUUAGAGAAAACCACAAUGCAAGAGAACUUUGCUGCAAAAAUUGCACAGAUGGAGCAUGAAUUCAAAGUGAUGCAAGAGCAGCUAACAGGAGAUAUAAAACUUUUAAGUAGAUGGACAAUUUAUAUUUUUAAGCCAAUGAAGUUCCAGAGUCACAUUAGUAACUUUUCUAUCAAAGCCCUAUAUCAAUCAGUUACUUCUCAUUCAUCAAAUAAAAUAAACUGUAAUACAAAGAUUAAAGAUAUCAAUAACUCGAAAAAGAGUAAUCACUUAUUACAUAUCUUUGUUGUUGGUGGUGUUGUGGGCAUCGGAACUGAAGUUAUCUUCUCUAGGCUUGCAACCUCAUCUACAGAGUUAAGGAUAAAACUGAAUCAACGUCAUAUACAAAAAUGCCAGCCACCUGUUCCAACAGUACAUUGGAUCCCGGUAUUAAAAAAAUUGCUAUUUGUUAUUCUGUAUCAGUUAUUCCUCAAAAUAAAGGCAAAAUGCUACAUUUUUAGUAAAUUGUUCAUUAAAACUAAUUUCAUUGUUUGUAUACAAACAGCUGGUAGAUUGAAAGCCUUGGAACAUUUUCGUGUCCACCAAGAUGAAUUGAUGAAUAAGUUUAAACAACAAGAAAUAGAGAUAGAAGAGAGAGAAAAAGAACAUAAACGAAUGCUUUAUGAAGUGGAAAAGAAAUUCAUAAUUGCCAAAGACAAGGCCAUGAAAGAUAUGGAAGUACGCCAGCUCCAGUUGUCAUCAGAGUUUGAAGCAACAACACAAAUGUGUAUUGCAGCAAGCACAAAACGAGCCAUAAGAGAAAAUAUUGCUGUUAAUAAUGAGCUACGUAAAGUCCAGGAAACAACGUACAGAUUAAUCAAAGAGAAUGAAAAGUUGAAAGAACAUGACAGGCACAUGAAAAUUCAGAAGGAGUUGACAGAGGAGGAGAAAAACAUAGUUAUGCAGGAGAAUGCUGAACAUCUAAAGGCAAGAGUUCAGUUUCAAGUAUUUUUUCUUUGUAAUGUUUAA